CCGGGCCCGCGUCCUCCGUAUCUACACCUUCGUCUUCGCCUUCUAUAUCGAGCAAGGCGCCCUCUGUGUCUGCGACGACGACGAGUACAUCGUAUUUCAACGGCGCUCAUCACCACAAUCAUAAUCAGAACCAGAACCAGACCUAUAAUCAACAUCACGGCCAUAAUCAACACCACCAUAAUCCGUCGACCAUCUCUACCUCCACGUCUACGUUGAACACGAACACGAGCACGACGUCGCUCAAAAUCCCAAACUCGCCGCUUAUAAGAACUCCGAUCGGACCACGCAUGCCUUCCAACCCCGGCUCAUCGCGCAAAUCGCAAGGAUCGACCACGAGCGAGACAUCGACGCCUUCUUCCGCGAACGUUCCUUUACCUUCAUCCCAAGGCCAGGGCCAAGGGGGGAAUCAGGGGAAUCAGACGAUGCAUUCGGACGUGUCGAGUGUGAGGAGGUUGGCGGCUACGAAUGCGAGCUCGUCGUCACUUGGGCCUGGGAGCUCGCAUAUGUCGCAUGCUAGUUCUGGUGGUGGUUCGGGUGGACAUAGGGACGGAAGGGAUGGAAGGGACGGAAGGGACGGAAGGGAUGGAAGGGAUGGGAGAGAGAAAGGGGACAGAGAAGUCCAUUCGACAGCGUCCAGCUCGAACCUCAAAGCCUCCUCCUCCUCCAUCUCCGCCUCCUCCACCCUCGCCCCUCCCACCUCCUCCACCCCCGCCCCCAAAGACCCCACCACCUCCUCCAAAGACCCCUCUUCCUCUUCCAGCCCUAAAGACUCCAAGUCCACUCCCGCAACAGACCCCCCACCCCGCCUCCGCCUCAUCCCACACCUCUCCGGCCUGCGCGACGCCGACCCCGCGCCCGCGACUGUGAUGUAUUGGAGCAAGGCGCCGGUGUGGGGCGCGCUGCCGAGCCAUAAUAUGAGGGCGCAUAGUGUGAGCCUUGUGGAUCAUACGGCGUGGUUGUUUGGGGGGUGCGAUGAUAAGGGGUGUUGGAAGGAUGUGUGGUGUUUUAAUACUGAAACCUUCCACUGGACCCACCCCGAAACGACAGGCGAAGUUCCCCCGCCUUGUCGCGCACACACGGCGACGCCGCUCGAUUCGCGGAAGUUACUCAUCUUUGGAGGUGGGGAGGGGCCGAAUUAUUACAAUCAGGUUUACAUCCUCGAUACCGUCCUCCGCCGCUGGUCAAAACCGACGAUCAUAGACGAAGACAAACCCAACGGCGUCCCGCCCCCGAGGCGCGCACACACCGUCGUGCAGUACAAAGGCCGUCUGUGGGUCUUCGGAGGCGGGAACGGCAUGAUGGCGUUGAAUGACGUGUGGACGUUGGACGUUUCGGGAGCUUAUGGGUCGUCGUCGUCGUCAUCUUCCGCUCCCGGUGGAGGGAAUGCGGACGGUCGGAUGGGAAGUGCUGGAGGAUAUGGUGGUGGCGGCGGUGGCGGUGGCGGUGGUGGUGGUGGUGGUGGAGGACAGGGAGGGCAGGGAGGACAAGGACAGGGAGCACUGGAUAGGCUGAAGUGGGAGUGUGUGCAGAUCGAGGGGAAGAAGAAGCCAGGGCCGAGGGGCUAUCAUACGGCGAAUCUGGUGGGGAAUGUGAUGAUCGUGAUGGGCGGGAGCGAUGGGCGGGAGUGUUUUUCGGAUAUUUGGUGUUUGGAUUUGGACACACGCAUAUGGACCCAAAUCAAGCCAGACACCUCACAUCGGAGGCUCUCGCACGCCGUGACCCAGGUCGGGUCGUACCUGUUCAUCACGGGCGGACAUGAUGGGAACGAGUAUACGAGCGAGCUGUUGAUGUUCAACCUUGUCUCGCUCCAAUUCGAACCCCGAAGGACACUCGGCCGUCCGCCCUCGCCGCGCGGGUACCACGUCUCGCUCCUCGCCGACAGUCGCAUCUUUGUCUUUGGAGGGUUUAAUGGACAUGAUGUGUAUGACGACGUGCAUAUACUCGAGUUGGCGGCGGCGGCGUAUUUGCCGCAGGUUACGAGCUUUAGGAUCGAGGCUACGUAGGUUGGAAGAUGGGGAGGACGGAGGGAUAAGGGAGGAGGGUGAGGGGGUAGGAGGACGUGUAAGGAUGCACGGUAGGGGGAUGCAGCGAGGUGGGAGCGAUUGGGUGGGUAUGAAGAGGCGGUACUUCACUACUCGAAGUAUGCACGGCGAUCGAGUGGUUCCGACAUCCAUCCUAGGACAUCACAUCGUGCGGACCGCGAAGUGAUUGGAAUGGUGCGGUACGAGGAUAUGUUUCUCGAUGGGAUGGGCGCCAUUACACCUCGAUAGGUCCGCCGCGGAUGGGGAGAGCCGGCUUUUAGGAGAAAAAGGUGGGGGGAAGGUGGAUGCCUCUAUGCCAAUAAUAUGCGCGGCGACUGCUCGCUGCUUCGUUAUGGCCGAUUAAGUAUCUAUGACUCGGUUCGUCUGCCAGGAUUUCCUGAUUCCGAUCUCGAUUUCUGUUCCUGCUUUUUAUCUGGAUCUGGAUCGCUAUUUUUUUCUUUCUGACUGAUUUCUUUCUCUCCUCCUUGCAUGUGUGUCGUAUAUGCAUACAUAUCUAAUUAUUACCCUUCGUGUUGCAUUCCUUUUACAUUCUCAUCCUCUCUCGUCCUCGUUUGACUGCGUCUGCUCGAGCUCUCUGAUCAAUUCCAUCGAUUUUCUGAAUCACCACAUUCGGCGUUCGCCUUCAUCUCACUCCGCCUUUCCUUUCCUUUCCUUUCCUCCUCAUCCUUCAUCACUACUUUCUGAUUCAUCCACGAGUUGUGCGGUUCGUUUCAUCUGAUUUAUGGUUCCUUUUUUCCAUCCAUCUCUCUCUCUCUCUCUCCGACUCCGACUCUUGACUCUUGACUCCGACUACUUAUGCUCCCAACACCCCAACCCGUCUAUGAUUCCCUCUCAUCUCAUUUCAUCUCGUCUCAUCUCGUCUCUCAUCUAUCUCGGCUGUCUCCUCCCACACACGUUCACUGGCACCCUCCGUGUCAAUGUGAAUACUCCGCGUAUGCGUAUGCGUAUGGCUGUGGGUGGGUGGAUGAGGAUGGAGAGACUCUCACACUCACGCUCGCUAUUAUCCCUUACUUCUCACCUCUUACUUCUUACUUCUUGCGUUUGACUUCUU